CACCCAGGUCAUGGUUUUUGUCGACCCCAUAAUGAAUUGCGUCCGCAACAUCAGGCGGCGCCUGAUGAAACCCAAGGACGACAGACACCUGGUGGACGGUCUAGAAACUGCAGAAGAGUACAAGAUCAGAUGGCGAUCGGUUCGAAUCAUCUACUUCACCAUGUUUCUGAUGUCCUUAGGAUUCAGCAUCGUUCUGACCGGAGUCUGGCCUUAUUUGGAUAAGUUAGAUCCGACCGCUGGUAAAGAAUUUAUGGGGUACAUUGUGGCUGCUAAUCCUUUGGCGCAGAUGUUGUGCAGUCCUUUGGCAGGAUGGUGGGGUAACAAGGCGAGCUCCUCCAGAGGUCCUCUGAUGUGUUCCUUGAUGCUAUUCACAAUCGCGAGCGCCCUGUACAGUGUUCUAGAAGCAUUUCCCGAUAACAGAAAAUACUGGAUGUUGUUCUCCAGGUUUCUGGUCGGAGUCAGCUCAAGUAAUAUAGCAGUAUGUCGUGCCUACGUAAGUGCAGCCACAAGGGAAUCAGAACGCACAGGGGCUGUCAGUGUCAUCUCCUUAGCCCAAGUUUUAGGGUUCAUCGUGGGGCCUGCCUUGCAGAGCGCCGUUACGCCACUGGGAGACAAUGGGGGCACGAGUGGACCACUUGGGUUGCCAGGAUUGGAUAUGUACACAGCUUGUGGAUGGAUCAACGCCAUCAUGGGUGUCUUCAACUGCCUAUUAUUCCUUCCCUGCUUUUUCACCGAACAAAUAGCAGCAAAAGAGGCCAUGGUCCGUCAAGGUAUGGACAACGAGAAACAAGCCUGGAAGUCCAUAAAGAAGAACCAUAUAGCAGCAUGGUCACUUAUUGCUGCCUUCUUUGUACUUGUCUUCAAUUUUGUACUUCUUGAAACUUUGGGAACUUCUCUAACGAUGGACCAGUUUGCCUGGACAAAAUCUCAAGCGUUGUACUACAUGGGUGUAGUUAUGAGUGUUGGAGCAGUAGUUGCCUGUAUUACUUUUGCUGCCAUUGGACCACUUUGCAAAGUAUUUGAAGAGCGCAAAGUUUUGCUAUGGGGUGGUUUCUUCCUCAUGGUCCUUGGACGAGCUGUGUAUUUACCAUAUUCAAGCCAAAAAUUACAAAUCAUGGAUGAAAAUUUGGAGUAUGAUGACUUUUAUUCAAAUGACACACUUGUGAACUCAACUUAUGGUAUGAAUGCAACUGAUAGACCAGAGCCUGUGGGUUGUCCUCGAGACCAAGAAUGGUGCCUCUACACACCAGCUAUGACCAUAGGACAGUUUAUAUUCGGAUAUGCCUUAACAGCUGUCGGAUAUCCUAUUGGUGUCACUUUGAUUCAAGCCAUUUUUUCAAAGAUUUUGGGACCAAGACCACAGGGUGUCUGGAUGGGCCUUAUGACAGGUUCAGGUUGCCUUUCACGAGUCCUGGGACCAGUUUUUGUAAGCGUUGUCUACACAAGAUUUGGCACAAUUUGGACAUUUUCCUUGACAACUGCUAUGAUGGCAUUGGCAAUGAUAGGUUUGGCAAUAGUAAAAGACAAGCUGGUUACUCCCACAUUCGAAAAGGCUGAUCAGAAUGAUGUAGAAAAGUUAUCAAAAAAUGUAGAUGAUGAUGUUGCCAAAACAAAUCACGUUUCAAAUAACCAUGAGAACAACACUGUUGAAAGUGUUCCUUUAAAAGAGACUAUCAGUAACGAAGUAAAUGAAAAAGGUGAUUCGAGUAGUUAAUGAUACUUGUAUGUAAAUAAUGUGAAUGGGUGAUAAAAUGAUAUUUUAGUAACUUGAUAUAGAUAUCUAUUUGCAUUUAAACU